CGCGGGGUUGGGGUGAAGUAUCGUAGCUUGGUGAUAAAAUAAGCCGAGGAAAGAUUAUUGCGUGUGUUUCGCAGUGAAUUCCGACCAAUCAACGUCACACGAUGUCGUUACUCGCACGCCAAGUCGUCAUGCUAUUAUUUACCGCGUUGGUUUUGAUCAUCGCGUCAGCGACCGCUGAGCAAACUUGGACUGCGGAAAAUCAAGAGGAUCCUACCAGCCAGUACGUUGGUCCACCGGAGGGCAAUUUUGCAAUGCUCGAGCAGGCUAGGAGAAAAAUAGCACGCCUCAGCCCUCAGGCGAGACGCUUUCUUUUCAGCCCCACGAUUCAUAACACCAUCAAGAAUUCGAACGAAAACAAAAACAGCAACGACCUGGGAAGACCCGACGAUGAAGACGACGACAACGACUACCGAAAUCCUCCGAAUCAAUCUUACGGCUCGCUAUUUCCGCAACUCAUAGGCUACCUGAACCGUCGUUCAGGGACGAUUGAACCCGGCAACUUGGCGAAAGGAAAUAGACUCUGUUUCACCAUGGAGUAAAACGGUACAGACGAAGAAUCGAAAAAAUGGAAAUACCAUGCUAAUUGCUCAGUCGCAAACAUCAAAAUAAAUUUAUUCUGAAGAA